GAGGAAUCAUGAGGAUUUGCAUCUGUUCACUAUAAUAUUGAACCAAGAAAUUAGAAGAUUAUCAACCCAGGUUAUAAGAGUGAAAUGGUCACUCCAUGCACGAGAGGAAAUUGUUUUUGAACUUCUUCAACAGUUGAGAGGAAAUGCAGCAAUAGUGUUGCUGGAAGGAGUAAUGAAAAGUACAAGACAAAUGAUUGAGGAGCAAGAAGCAGUUCGAGGUCGCUUAUUCAUAACCCAAGAUGUCAUGCAAAGCUCAGUCUGGGCAUGGUUGCAGGAGUCCCUCCUGAGCUCUUGCUCUAGGAAAGAAGCAGACUCACCAAACAGAUAGUUCUCAUCAUGUCACCAAUGAAGCCAAGACUUCUAUGCACCUCAUAGCCAACUUGGCCUUCAAUAAAGGGAAGAUUAUCCUUCGCUCUUGCUCUGCACCAUCUUUAUUAUUCACUGACACGGGGGUGGAUUUUCAAGAGCCCUCUGAACCACACAAGUCAUCAACUUCAAUAGUGAAGCUAUCUUUUCUUGGUGUUUUCUUGUAUGUGGCAACUGGGGUGACAGUGUACAUGACUAGUGGGAGUUUCAGGGGCAGUACCACUUUCAGGCCUGUAGAUGCUGUGUACUUUACGAUGGUAACUCUUUGCAAUAUUGGAUAUGUAGAUAUCGUUCCUGACUCCACGUUUACCAAGAUAUUUACAUGUGCUUUCAUUUUGGUGGGUUUUGGAUUUCUUGGUUUUCUGCUCAAUGGAUUGGUUGCAUACAUUUGUGAUAUACAAGAGGCCUUCUUGUUGAGCAUGGUGGAUGAGAAUAGAUAUAAGAAAAUUCUCAGGACUUAUAUGGUUGAUGAAGAGAAAGGAAGAAUGAGGAUAAGAACCAAAUUCUGUCUGGCUUUGGCUGUUGUGAUUGACUGCAUUGCUAUAGGAACAGUCACAGUGCACUUAGUUGAGGACCUGAAUUGGGAUGACAGUAUUUAUCUCUCCAUUACUUCUGUUACAACGGUUGGUUAUGGGGAUUUUUCUCUCAGAACAGUAACCGGAAGAUGCUUUGCAAUUAUAUGGCUUUUGGUAAGCACACCGGCAGUUGCCAGGGCCUCUAUAUACCUCACUGAAUAUAGUAUUCAAAAGAGAAAUUGUAAGAUGGCACAAUGGGUUCUUCAGAAGAAGAUAACAUUAUCAGAUUUAGCAGCUGCAGACCUUGAUAAUGAUGGAUCAAUCAGCAAGUCUGACUUUGUCAUAUACAAGCUUUAG